AUGGUAAUCCCUCAACCUGACUCAUUCAAAUGGGAUCAAGUUUCGAAAGACAAGCCCUGGACCUACGCCAACUUUGCCGAGACCCCGAAAAUGGAAAAGACCUUCGACCCGCAACUCGUCGAAUUCUGGCUGAAGAGAAUUCCGAAAGCCGUCGGAAGCGACCACCUGAGCAAAAGCCGACUCCCCGGAGCCCAUGCUCACCGCGUGCACACUGAACUU